AUUACGUAGCGGGCGGGGCCGGAAGUGCCGCUCCCGGGUGGGGGCUGUUCAUGGCGGUUUCGGGGUCUCGGGCAGGUUUCCCGAUUGAGGUCCGAAGUUGGCCCGGAGCGGGGUCAGCGGAGCUUGAGGUUUUGCUGGUGUGAAAUGACUGAGUACAAACUGGUAGUGGUUGGAGCAGGUGGUGUUGGGAAAAGUGCACUGACAAUCCAGCUAAUCCAGAACCACUUUGUGGAUGAAUAUGAUCCCACCAUAGAGGAUUCUUACCGAAAACAGGUGGUAAUUGAUGGUGAGACCUGUCUGUUGGACAUACUAGAUACAGCCGGACAAGAGGAGUACAGUGCCAUGAGAGACCAAUAUAUGAGGACAGGCGAAGGCUUCCUCUGCGUAUUUGCCAUCAAUAAUAGCAAAUCAUUUGCAGAUAUUAACCUUUACAGGGAGCAGAUUAAGCGAGUAAAGGACUCAGAUGAUGUACCUAUGGUGCUGGUCGGAAACAAAUGUGACUUGCCAACAAGGACAGUUGACACAAAGCAAGCUCAUGAACUGGCCAAGAGUUACGGGAUUCCAUUCAUUGAAACCUCAGCCAAGACCAGACAGGGUGUAGAAGAUGCCUUUUACACACUGGUAAGAGAGAUCCGCCAGUACCGGAUGAAAAAGCUCAACAGCAGUGAUGAUGGGACUCAGGGUUGUAUGGGGCUGCCAUGUGUGGUGAUGUAACAAGAUACUUACAAAGUUCCAUCAUCAGAAAAGAGCCACUUUCAAGCUGCACUGACGCCCUGGUUCUGACUUCCCUGGAGGAGAAGUGUCCCUGUCUUUCUCUUCUUCAUCAGUUGAUGAGCACAAGCGUCUUGACUUGAGAACUUCUUAGAAUAACUACCUCCUCACUUGGUGGUCUGACCAGAGAUGCACUUCUUAUCACUCCUGGUGGUUUUCUGACCCAGGUUCUCCCUCCUAGAAACAAACACACCUCUGCCAGCCAGGGUUUUCAUCCGAAAAAAAACAUUCGCAGAGGACCAAACUGUAGGCAUGAAAUUCUGUGGAAAACAGUUUAAACUCUGGAGUAGCAACUGCUGGUAAUUUUUUCCCCCUUUCUAUUGAACUUGGAACUAUGUUAGUUUUUGGAGAAAUAUCAUAAUUUACUGUUUUGCCAAAAGUAUAAUUAAUGUUGCUGAUUGGCUUAUUUGUAAUGUGGUCAGCUAUAUUCUGUAAACUGGUAUCCUCUGUAUUCAGAAAUAGAAACAAGAAUACUGACUUCUAAGCCCAUCUGAGUCUUCUCAACUUCACAACAAAGUGCCUUUUUCCUAGAAGUGGCUUGUAGACUCCUUCACAGUGAGUGGAAUAAAUAUCUCAAAAACAA